UGACAUCGGAUGCCGCCCACCAUGCUGCCGGCCUGUGUCUGUGCGCUCCUGAUGCUGGGGGGUCACGUUCUUGCCGGAGGGUACCCCCCCAUGCCGCACAUGAAGUACAUGCAAGCCCAUGAUGAAAGGGCCGUCGGACCCCCGUUCAGAGAGGGCAAGGGGCAUUACGUUGACAUGCCACCCGUGUUAGAUGUGAAGGGGGAGCCAGGACCCCAAGGAAAACCAGGACCAAGAGGUCCCGCUGGUCCACCAGGGCAACCAGGAAAACCUGGACUAGGGAACCCGGGCCUCAAUGGACAGCCAGGUCCUCAGGGCCCCCCUGGCUUUCCAGGAAUCGGUAAACCAGGACUUCCGGGAUUACCAGGAAAGAUGGGGCCAAAGGGCAUGUCCGGACACAACGGCGAGGUCGGCCCUCGCGGUGAACCAGGCCCCAGGGGUCAACCAGGGCAGCCGGGACUCCCAGGCCCCUCUGGCCUGUCUCUUAAUGGGAAACCUGGACUUCCAGGCAUCAGAGGCCCACCUGGCUCCAGGGGAGAACCAGGAUUAAAAGGCAUCUCUGGCUCAACGGGUGAGCGCGGCCUUAAGGGUGAGAAUGGAAACGGGACUCCAGGUCCUCCUGGUUUGAGAGGUGCCCCUGGGCUCAAGGGUAGUACGGGACCACCCGGUCUUACAGGCAUUGGUAAACCUGGACCAAAAGGUUUGCCUGGCCUGUACGGCGCCAAAGGUGAUCAGGGUCUUCCAGGGGAUCGAGGGGAACCAGGAGAGGUCGGGCCUCCAGGGCUACAAGGUCAACCAGGUCCUGUGGGGAUAGGAAAGCCUGGAAUCGAUGGAUUGCCAGGAGCACCGGGUCUCUUAGGCUCAAAAGGCGAGCAAGGGCUGAGGGGUCCGCCAGGAUUUCCUGGUACGCCAGGCUAUGGAAAACCUGGUCUGAAUGGACCAAAAGGAGAAAAGGGCCAUAGCGGGCUGCCUGGUCUUCCUGGAGAAAAAGGAGAACAAGGAAUGGUAGGCCUUAUUGGAGAACCAGGUCUUGAUGGACAACCAGGCCCUCCUGGUCUUCACGGCCCAAUGGGACUCCCAGGAAAACAUGGUAUACCCGGACAUAAGGGAGAACUUGGCCCUGGCCCCCAAGGCCCUCCGGGGCUGCCAGGCCUCAGAGGUGAUCAAGGUCCCAAUGGGAACACAGGAAAAGCUGGCAUUCCCGGGGACAAAGGCCUACCUGGGCCAAAUGGAGCAAUCGGAAAACCCGGGCCCAAAGGUGAAGCAGGACAUAUCGGUUUACCGGGUAAUCCCGGGCUGACCGGUGGUCCGGGGCCCAAAGGCGAGCCAGGAUUUAUGGGUACACCUGGCCCCAGAGGUCAGUCAGGCAUCCCCGGUCUUCAGGGACCUAUGGGUCCCAUGGGGCCUCAGGGGGCCCCGGGCUUGAAGGGUGAGCCUGGUUUCCCAGGACUUCCCGGACUGGGUAAAUUGGGCGAGAAAGGACCGAUAGGUCCACAAGGCCCUCCGGGGAAACCAGGCCCUUCCGGACUUAACGGCAACCCUGGUCCCCCUGGUCCUCCGGGGGCCCCGGGUCCUGCGGGUAACGGCCAAACAGUUGUGGCGGGUCCAACGAGUUCUCAGCUGGAAGGGGGUGAAGUGCCGGGAGACCGUAAGGGGCCGGCAUUCAGUCAAGUUCCGCUCUCCGCCUCCUUAGCGCCGGCCUUCACCGCCCUCCUCACCAAGCACUUCCCUCCCUCCGGCAUGCCCAUCAUGUUCGACAAGACUCUGUACAACGGGCAGAACGCCUACAGUCUCUCCACGGGGAUCUUUACUGCCCCGCUGUCCGGCGUCUACUACUUUGCCUACCACGUGCACGUGAAGGGCACCAGCCUGUGGGUGGCCCUGUACAAGAACAAUGUGCCCGCCACCUACACCUACGACGAGUACAAGAAGGGCUACAUGGACCAGGCCUCCGGCAGCGCCGUCCUGGAGCUGAAGGAGGGCGACCAGGUCUGGGUCCAGAUGCCCUCGGAUCAGGCCAACGGUCUCUACGCCACCAAGUACAUCCACUCCUCCUUCUCAGGGUUCCUGCUCUGUCCCACAUAACCCUGCUCCCUCGGGUCCUGCACGGUCCAAGGACCAAAGCCUAGGAAAAUACUUGCAGCCGUCACGAAAAAACUGUCCGUCGCAGCGUUUUUUUUUUUUAGUCGUCCUUUGUGUCUCCUUGCAGCCACGGAAGAACCCUUUAGAAGACGGAGGAGUUUUAUUUGUCUGUGAAUGAUUGCCUUAUUAGUGCGCCAAGUGUUCAAAAAGUGGCGGUGACAUAUUUAGCAUCCACAAAUUGUAAGUACACAACAGUGUCUAUGUCCUUCGAGUCCAGUUUCUCAUUAAAGGGGACCUGUGAUGAUUUUAGGCUACGUUUGAACUCCACGCUCACGUUUUUUUUUUUUGCCAAUGAAGCCACGCCCCCGCCUUCUCCAAAACAUCAGGAUUGGUCUUUAGAAAAUGUACACUCUUUGAAUAUUUAUCUUUAGGUCGUCACCGCUGUUUUUUUCCCCCCCAAGACACGGUCAGAAAUGAACUUGAUACACCUUGCAUAGAUUCACUCGGUCACAACAAUGGGUACACAUCCAACUCACUGUCACUCACAACUAGGCGAGCUCGGAGAAAUCAACUCUCAUCCAAACCGCGAUUGUUAUUUAUUCCGAUUCGAAAUCAAUUAAGAAUUUUCACCCAAAAAAAAAUUUUUUUUGCAAUUUCAUAAUUAUUUCUUAUAUAUAUUCAGAAAUAUCUUUUAAGAAUGAAGACGUUUUUAGGCCAUCUCAUGCUAACUCGUCAUACACCAGCAAAAAAAGGAGGUUUUGUAACAAUAUUGAUUAUUAUACCAAAUAAAAAAAUUGGGAGAAUCGGUUUGAAUCAAGAAUCGUGUUAAAUCGAGAAUUGAUUCCAAAUCGAAUCGUCACCCCAAGAAUCGGAAUGGUGACAUGGCCAAAGAUUCCCACCUCUGAUCACAUCGUAGUGAACCCGGCAAACAGACGUAUCCAAAACUGCGUGCAAGCUCGCACAAUUUUUAUAUAUAUAAAUAAAUAUUUAUUUCGGUUCAUAAUUUUCAAAAAUCUAUUUUUAAUUUUUUUUGCUAUUUUUUUGUUUUUAACAUUUUUAUAUAUUUUUUUUUAAUCAAUUUUUAAAAAGACGUUUUUAGGCCAUCUCCAUGCUAACUCGCUGCGUGUGUAAGUCAUACAUUAGCAACCAAAAGGAGGUUUUGUAACAUUAUUCAUUAUUAUACCAAAUGAAACAUUGGGAGAAUUAGUUUGAAUCAAGAAUCGUGUUAAAUCGAGAAUUGAUUCCGAAUCGAAUCGUCACCCCAAGAAUCGGAAUCGUGAGGUGCCCAAAAAUUCCCACCUCUGAUCACAACGUAGCGAACUCCGCGAACAGACGUAUCAAAAAUUGUGUGCAAGCUCACACCAUUUAUAUAUAUGUAAAAUAUAUAUAUAAAUAUGUAUUCCGAAUCAUCAUUUUCAAAAAUCUAUUUUUGUAUUUUUGUUUUUGUUUUUGCAAUUGUU